CGGAGUAUAUAAGGUACCUGAUAUAUGUUGACAUACAUGUAAAAGAUCGCAUCUACUGGUGUCCACUGUAUCAGAUGUCUAAGAUGUGGAAGAAAAUGUCGGUGGUAUGGUGGUUGCUGGUGGCGGUACUAGUGGCUUUUAGCAUUGAAGAAGUUCAAUCGGAUACCUCAGAUCACAAAUACAAAUCUGGUGAUGAAGUCCCAAUUUACGCCAACAAAGUCGGUCCUUUCCAUAACCCUAGUGAAACAUACCGCUUUUUUGAUCUACCCUUCUGUUUACCAGCUCAUUUAAAAGGAGAAACCUGA